CCACAGUGGGUUACCACCGACAAAAAAAAAAAAAGCUCCAAGUGCCUUGCACAGGGAAACUUUGCGACAAUGUCUUCUUCUACCAUGACGAUCUUUAGCAGUCAACUAGAGACACAAAUCGAGAACUUUAUCUCACGACUCAAACGACGACAAGUGGUUGGAUCGUACGAAGUGGCCAAGGAAACCGCGGCUAUUCUUCGACAAAUUGUAUCUACUACGCGAUGGCGCGAUGUGGAAACUUUGUUGGAUAUCAUUACAGUCACCGGUGGACGCUUGGCGGCUGCACAGCCCAAAGAAUUGGCGGUGGGCAACAUUACCCGACGUGUGCUUAAAGUGAUUCGUGAAGUGGCUCGUGGUGAAUUGGAAACCCAUAUGAUGGAUCGCGAGGAGCGGGAUGAGGAAUCCGAGGACGAUUUCGCCUUUUCUGACGAUGACAGUUCGGCGGUACCAAGUCCUUCCAAGAAUCUGUCGUCGACAAGCAGCCAAGUGGGAUCAAUUAAUGAAUCGCGUCCUCAGUUGGCCGCUCAGUCUUCCAUGUUCCGAUUGCUGGCCGAUGCUUCGGCGGCCCGAUCCGACGAAUACAUCGAAGCCCAAGAAAGGAAGGGCGCCUCUUACAAUCUCAAGCCCUUGAUUAUUCAGGUCAUCAAUGAAGAAAUCAUUGCCGAUUUGGAAGACGUCGAAAGAGCAAACGAUAAAAGUAUUCCCGGCGUUUACAAAGGAAUCGCCGAUCAAGCCCUGGAUUACAUUCACGCAAACGAAGUGAUUAUGACUAUUGGUAUGUCACGUACAGUGAAAGAAUUUUUAUUCCGUGCCGCUGCCAAGCGAAAAUUCCAGGUCAUCGUUGCAGAAACCUCGCCUACAUACCAAGGUCAUGAAAUGGCCGCUGCAUUAUCGGCGCGAGGUAUCGACACCACCGUCAUUGUUGACUCGGCCAUUUUUGCAGCAAUGCCUCGCGUCAACAAGGUCGUCCUUGGAGCUCACGCAGUUCUUGCGAAUGGUGGAUUGGUAGCAGUUACGGGUUCGCAUUUGCUGGCAGCGACGGCGAAACAUCAUUCCACACCGGUGCUUGUAUGUACCGCGCUUUAUAAAUUGUCGCCGCUGUAUGCCUAUGACGCCGACGCGUUCAAUGUGACCGUGGCUCCCAAUAGCGUGUUGGAUUUCCAACAAGGCGACAUUGUCGACAAAGUCGCCGUCUCCAACCCAUACUACGAUUAUGUCGCGCCAGAAUUAGUGAGUUUAUUUAUUCACAAUUUAGGAUCGGCGCCACCAACUUAUGUAUACAGACUAAUCAAUGACAAUUACGACCCGGAAGAUACUACGUUGUAAUAUAAUGACAUUUGUUUUUUUUUUUCUCUUUUUCCCAUAUAAACUCAUGAUACAUCAAUAUUGCAAACACCACAAG